UAGUGUUGAUGAUUUGUCUUUUCAUGGUUCAUUAAAGUAAACAAAGUUUGACGGGUUUGGCGCGACAUGUUGAUAAGAGGUUGAGAACCAGGUGUACAGCGGCGCGUUGUUUUUAGUCCAAUAAGAAAGGCCCGCGCUCCGCGCUUCGUCGCCAUCUUGCGCCCGGUCUCGCGGCUUUCCGAGGUUUACGAGUCGCGUGUGCUGUGUGUGCUGUGGCGGUGUACCGCGGUUCUCGUAUCAUACUUGGCAGUAUACGCCGACUGUCGAGCCGUGACUGCCGCACUGCUGAGAGGCCGCCUGCACACGCGUUUGCACGCGGUUAUACACAAACGUAAAUAAAAAGUACGUUGAUCCGUGAUAGAAGAUUCGUGAUGUAGUUUUGAAAAUUAAUUAUCAAAACACAAAAGCGAUCUAUUAUUCGUGGUAUUUUCAUCGAAUAUUUCAUCGGAUUUAUUAAUUCUUGACUCAAAUUGUCAGAUGCGAAUGAUUGACAGUUCAAAACAUGAGUUCCCGUGGAUUUUUUCUCUAUUUUUUUAACACUUUCGUAAAGAACGUAAAAAAGUCGUCGAAUCACGCCGAAUUUUCAUUCCUAAAAUCAUUCAGUGUCACGUGACGCUAAUGGGAUUGCUGAUAAUUUCGACAACGAUUUUGUCGUUCGUUAAUUACGGUAUUGACUUGAAAAGAAGUUGUCAGAGUGAAGUGUCAGUGAUAUAUGUAGGGUCGGAGUGAAACUUUUCGUGUUUAUCCGUAAUUCCACUGACUAUUUAUUUAUUCGAUCAAAGUGACUCAAAUGAAGUGAACAUUCAUUAUUGGAAUACAAAUAAUAACUGCGUACUGAAAAAAGCUCAAGCCAGGGUCACGGGCAGGUGUAUAUCUUUUUGAGCUUAAACUAUCUUCUCAAUCGUUCGGUACAUUUCCCGUAAAUUUUUUCUUGCUGAGCCUGUGCGCAAAACCGUUUUGACCCUCGGGUUUGUGACUCUCGUGUCAAAGACGUAGAAAGAGACUGCACUACGUGGAAGAUAAAAAAUAAAAACGCAGAAACACGAGACGUGCCAAGCCGGAAGCUUCGAAGGUCUCUCGAGCUCAUAAGGCUCAGGAUAAUUCGAAUUUCCGCUCAUGCAGACACCUCUGAAACGGAAGACGGUGAGUGACCGAAAAUAUUUGAGAUGAUUCGGACAGAGCGCAACUGAAGCAAGGGCCUCGCAAGGGUCGGUGAUGACCGCAACAAUGGGGUUGUCACAGCAGCAACGACAGCAGCAAUCUUCGAGCGUCCCCCAAGACGCUGUGGAUUACGCGGUGUAUUUACAAUCCUCCCACGUCAGCCGAAAGAUCCUUAGCAACGGCGGUACAACCAACAACGCCAAUAAUACCGCAGGCAUCAAACAUCAGCAAGCUUCCUCGGAGAAUAUCAGACAUCAGCUUCUACAGGGAGGCCAAAAGCCGGAUUUACGUGACCACAAUACCAGCUUCACCAGUACCAAAGGACUUCUCAAUGCUCCGGGCCAAAACAAUUGUUUUCUCAAUAGUGCUGUCCAGGUGCUGUGGCAUCUCGAUAUAUUUCGUCGGAGCUUCAGAGAACUUUCCGGGCAUGCCUGCAUGCGAGAAUCUUGCAUCUUUUGUGCACUCAAGGACCUGUUUUCGCAGCUGCAGUUUUCGCAGGAGAGCGCUCUACCUCCGGACGCUCUUCGUCGAGCACUCGCCGAGAGCUUCCUCGAUCAGCAAAGAUUUCAACUCGGUUUUAUGGACGAUGCAGCCGAAUGUUUCGAAAACAUAUUGUUGAGAAUCCAUCUGCACAUAGCGAGCGGCGAAGCCGAGGAUAUGUGCAGCGCGAGGCACUGUGUUCCUCAUCAAAAGUUCGCCAUGACCCUUGUCGAGCAGAGUGUCUGCGGAGCAUGCGGUGCCACAUCGGAGCCAUUGCCAUUCACGCAGAUGGUUCAUUACGUUUCGGCAUCAGCGCUGACUUCACAAGCUCGACAAAGUCCACCAGCAUCGAGAACGAGUCCGGAUCUAUUCGGACAGCUGCUGCGUCGAGCCGGUGGAAUGGGAGACAUUCGUGAUUGCCCAAGCGCUUGUGGAGCAAAAAUACAGAUAUGCAGGACCCUGAUGAACCGACCAGAAAUCGUUUCGGUUGGUGUCGUUUGGGACAGCGAAAGACCCUCGUUGGAACAUAUCAUGGACGUUUUUGCCACCGUUGGAACUUCUCUCCGGUUGAGCGAUGUUUUUCACAGUGUCGUUGAUUCGCGAUGGGGCGCUUCGACUGUUCACAAUCUUGUCGGUGUCGUCACUUAUUAUGGAAAGCACUAUUCGACAUUUUUCUUCCACACUAAAUUGAAGGUUUGGAUAUACUUCGACGAUGCGACUGUAAAAGAAAUAGGACCUCGUUGGGAGCAAGUAGUAGAUAAGUGUCGAAGGGGUCGAUACCAGCCGCUGUUGUUACUCUACGCGACACCCGGUGGGACUCCUGUCAAUACGGAAAACGCGCCAAAAACGGUGACGCCUUUUCCUAAUGGCAAUGGAUUGAAGACACCACCGAAGAGCAAUGCCCGAAGAUCGGUGACGCCGAGUCCGGAAAAACCGCCGAUGAACAGCACAGCCAGACGCGCAAUAACGCCGAAUCCUGACAGCCCAACUCACAUUUACACACAGAGAAGGAUAUACAGCGAUUACCAAAACCUCGCUGAUAUUCAAAACAAUAUUUUUGGCAAUCAGACGAACGGCCCAACGCGCGAUGUCGUCGAUGGAGAAAUCGACUCCAAGUACAUCAACAGACGAACGGUUGAGAACGUAAUGCAACAACAGAAGAAGCAGCAGAUGCAACUCACUCGCAGUUUGAGCGCGGGUUCCACACCCCAGGACGGCAUAAGCAUACCGGACCAUCUCAACGUUCCGCGUCGUCGUGAUUCCGGUAAUUGGUCGGGCGAUCGUAACAGCGCGUCGUCGAGCUCUUCGACUACUAUGGAUAAUCCGUAUCUCUACAUCGUCAACAAAAUGCAACGAAAUUCAGGCGUCCCCAAAAGCCCCACGAGCAAGUCCGGUGAACUUUCGAGCAGCAGCAGCGGCCAUUACGAUGCUGGAUAUGACUCGUACUCUUUAUCGUCCACCGACAGCUUGCAAUUGCAGCAAGGCCUCAAGCACAAUUUACAGCUUGCUCAAAUCCCCGAGGUAUAUCAGCCAUCACCGGGUGACGACUGCGAGCGCCUCUGCAAAGAGUGUGACGACCUCAUGGACAAAUCUCGAGCUGCCGAAGUAGCUGGUGACUUGGGAACGGCGGUUGCUCUUUGCAAUGCUUCGACCAGUAAAGCCAGGGCCGCGAUGGAUGCACCUUACAAUAAUCCUCACACGAUCACGACAGCCCGAAUGAAGCACAAUACGUGCGUGAUGAGAGCGCGAGGUUUGCACAAGAGAAUAUUACAGGAACAAGCUAUCGCGAAUCGCGACAAAGAAGAGAGUCCCCCGGAAGGGAGACAUUCGCGCGAGAACAGCAAAUCGGGUCAACACUCGAGGCAAGGAUCUCGAGACAAAGGCAACCAUUCUCGGCAAAACAGUCGUGAACUUUUGGUCAAUCAACCGGUUACGAUCGAAAGUAAACCAGUUACCAAGAGUAUCGAAAUUUACGCUACUUUGCCGAAGAAAAAGACACUGAGAAACAAAGCGGCGGCAGCAAACGUCAUAGAGGACGAGGAGUACAUGCUGUACGAUCGGCCAACCCAGAGGACUGGAUUGUUUGGUCGAACGAAGCGAUGCGACGAUGAUAAAAAGGAUAAGAAGAGAGCGAGAAGCGAGGAGCGUAACAAGAACGUAGCGAAGGAUUUUUCCAUAGCUCCGUCCAGAACUUCUCUGUCACCGAAGACAGGGAAGCCUGAUAAAAUGAACAACAAAGAUACGACGAUGGAUGCGACAAUUGCAAACAAAAACGCUCAGAACAGCGCAGCAACUGGGGUUUCUGGAGAUCAAAAGCAGCAGGGCAAGAAACAGCAUAAAAUUCGAAGAAAAUUGCUGAUGGGUGGCUUGAUAAAAAGAAAGAAUCGGAGUAUGCCCGAUCUGCGAGAAGGUCAAGAUGGUAAUCAGGCUCCUGACCAAACGGGUACGAAUAAUAACAAUUUGCCGAAGCAAUCCGUCGACGAUUCGAAUGUCGGUUUGAAAGGUAACGAAGCGAGUCAAUCUCUCAGCGGUUAUUUGUCCGAAGGACAUCUCGAAUUCGCUGGCAACCCGACCAGCGUUAACCCUGCGAACCCGAAUCUCGAACGCAGUCGUCUGAUGAGAAAAAGUUUUCACGGCAGCGCCGGUAAAGCGUUGCACGUUGCCAAAGUUCCACCACCGCCACCGCUACGCACCACUUCCCAGCUUAGCAAGUCUAAGUUACCCACGGCCGAAGUGUGCAACAGCGAAUCACAAUCGGACAAAUCCAUUUUCGGGAUGAACUCCGAAGGUCCACGCGUCGGUGCGAUGUCCCCGGAACAAACGAGCUCUUACUGGAGCCACACGGGAACCGGUAACUUUGCGAGUAACGUAACCUCCAUCGGACGAAGUGGUAACUACUCCGAUUACUCGUCGGAGCCGCAGUCACUACCAUUUUUGCCAUCUUACAGCGUUGACCAAAGCAUCUGUCAGUCCUCGUCUAUGAGCUCGAGUCAACAGAGCUACGGGCAAAAGCCACGUAUCCAGGACGACGUUGUACAGUACGCAAAUGGGAUUCUCUACGAGCCAACUUUUGUGGUGACACGUGCCGACGUCCAUAGUGAACAGAGUCCCGGAAAAGGACAACAGCAGCAACAGCAACAGCUCCCGCAGCAAGAUUCCCUGCCACCUUACCCAGAGAACGCCAAUGUCUCGCACUCGAGGCAACCCAGCGAAGAGUUUCCACCACCACCGUAUCCCUCGGUUCCUUCUGUCACCCACUCACGACAACCGAGUGAAGAUUUCCCUCCGCCUCCACCCGAAGUCGCCACCGACGCUCCUCAAUACAUUCCGCAACAGUAUCAGCAGCUCCUGAAUCAGCAGAAUUCGAGUUACAGACAGCAGCAAACGGAUCAACAGCAACGCCAACAGCAGCAACUCGAAGCUCAACAGAUUGGUAGUCUUCUUGCCCAACUGCAGCUCAAACGCGAACAAAUCCUCAAUAACGACGGCACGAGCGAGAAACGACCGGUUCAGUGUCAGGAGAUCGAUGAGGAGGACAAAAAAUCAAGCGAAACCUGGCUGAGAGAGUUGCAGGCUAAACAAGCGGAGAGGCGAAUGAAAAAGCAGGGACCGCUGGACGGUCAGGAUGUGCCUAAGCUGAGAUCGUCACCGACGAUUCCUACCGGGGCAACAGUCGCGAGGAGAACGAGUGACCUCAUGAUGAACAGUCUCGGACAAGUCAUGGAACAAUCGGCCAGCCGUGACGUUCCCGACUGCGCCAGAAGCGUCAUUUCAUCCGUCAAAGACAUGGCUGCACGGUUCGAACAGAUUAAGAUGCAACCAUCUCCGAAGGCAGAAGCUGAAAAUAAAACGGUUUCGAAAAAUCUGCCGGGACAUCGUGGCACUUCAUCACCCGCGACUGUCGAUACACAAGAAUGUUCGCAGGAUCAGUCGGAAGACGUAGCCGUCAGACAAAUGACCAUAGGGACCGACAAUCGUCCCAAAUUGGAUUCGCAAACGGGGAUCAAUCCGACUCUCGAAUCAAACCCUAAUAAAAACGGCUUCGCAGCACAUAAUCCCGUCGUCGUUAGCGCCCAACCGUCUUGUCCUGCAUCACAGAACAGUGGAUUGAACGCAGCGAUUUUGUCAAUGUCGUUAACUUUGCCUCACGAAAACGGUCUCCCGGUCGAUUAUCCAGAGGACGACAUAAGCGAGGUGGCCAUGCAAAACACUAUUCAAAACACAACAAUACUACCGAACGAGGAAGACAUUGCUCCGAAGAAGACGAAGCGACGAAUCGGAAAGAAAAAGAGCGUUUCGUUUUGCGAUCAAGUUGUUCUUGUUGCGACAGCUGAAGACGAUGAGGACGAUUCGUACAUACCGAAUCCCAUUUUAGAACGAGUUUUGCGCUCGGCUAUGAACAAACCUGAAACUGUUCAAGUGCUCCGUGAGAUAAGGAGCCUUCAGGAAGCCGAGAACAACCGUGAGAGCGGUACCGCGACGAAAUUCCAACAGCACACUCUGCCAUUGAAAUCCGAAGCUGACAGCAUUCCGGCGACUCCCUUCCAAGAUCAGUUGCGAAGCGUCAAUCCGAUUGGUUCCCAAGCUAUUCCCUUAGCAACGGAGAAUUCACGGGUAAAUUUCGUUCGACAAAAUUCCACUGAAAACCCGGUCAUGCUGCAGGACCCGAAGAAAAUGUACGUCCCUUACGCUGGUUGCGAGAACAGAAAUGGAAGCAAAGAGAGCUACUCGAUUUCACCAACGAAUCAACAGUCAAAAUCGCCGGUUUCUUUCUCGCCACAACUUCACCAGCAACAGCUCAGGUACACUCAAAACGGUUAUGCUCCUUAUCAUCAACCUCCGACCGGCUAUCCACAAACUCAGACGUCUCAUCCGCGCAAUCAAACUAUUCCUCCGAUGUCGCAAACUCAAAAGCCGGCCAGUCCUUAUCCGACCCAACCGAUUCACAAUCAACAACAUCCUCAGACUGUCGGCCAGCAGGCAAAACAAAUGAAUAAUUUUCCAAAAAGUGGCUAUGGUAAUUAUUACCAUGUUGAGCAACAGCACAACCAGAUGAACAAGCAAAUUACAUCUCAACAACAGAACCAACAACAAAACGGUUCGAAUCAGAGACUGACCAAUCACAGCGCUAGUCCGAUAACGGUUCAGCAUUCCCAGCAAUUCAAUUAUCCCUCGAAUCAAUCGCCGAAUCCCUAUCAGCAAUAUCUCACCCAAAACCAGUAUCCUCAAAGUUCCUAUCCAGCUUACCCACAACAAAAUGGCCACCACCAGUCACAGCAACUACAGCACCAACAUCAACAGACGCAGCAACAACAUCAACAACCAAUUACCAGGUCCAACCAAACGUUGCCUCAGUAUCAGCCUCCGCCCAAUCCUACUGCUUCAUAUCAACAACAACACAUGCAACACCAUCAACAGAAGCUUCAACCGACUCAACAGCAACAAACGUCCCAACAACUCCCCCAAUCUUAUCAACAACAGUCCCAAAGGAUUGAUAAUUUUCAAAGAUCUGUGCAGAAAGUUGAUCAGCAGAACGUUCUCGCACCGAAUCAGACUUAUCCAAAUCCACUGCAAAAUUGUCAGAUACAAUCGAACAUGAAGUACCCACAGUAUCAGCAUCAAAACGUGGCCAAACAAACGAAACCAACAUCUUUCCAGACCUCCUCGAAAUGCGUGACUCCUUCUCUAAAUCAAGCACCAGUUUUCGUGCAAAAAUCUGCACCCGGAACAACCAUGCCACGAACUGCUCCUUGCCAUCUCUGCAGAAACGUCGAAGUGAUGGAGCCGGCAAUUUACUGCACUAAUUGCGAGUGUUACAUGUCUCGCUUCCCUCCGAAAAAUUAGACUCAAGCUUGUUGCUUAUUGUUUUAGUCCUUAUACUUUCCUGGCUUUAGCCAGAUUUCACGCCAAUGCGACCAAGUGCCAUUCGACCUGUUCGUUACGAGAACGUGAUGUACGGACAAAGGUCGAAGAGUCGACUGGUUUUCUACGUGAAUAUUAUUGUUCACAGCGCUAUGUACAAAACUUGUUGAGAGCUUCACGCUUUCAUUUGACAAUGGAAUCAAAAAAAUUGUGACCACGAUCUCGUAUUGCCGAAAAUGCUUUGCAGGAUCUGAAAACAUUCAAGACAAAGAACUGAAAAGAAACGCAAACUAUUUAAUCCUCUUAAGUAUUUGUGCUUUUCAAAACGAUCGAAAGCAUCUUCGACUAACGUUUCAAAGGGUUUGUUGUCAUGAUUUUUUUUUCAAAUACAAAUUAAUCAAAUUAAAUAUUUCGUUAUGACAUCUUGGCAUGAAGCUCUUGAUCGUAUAGUAUUCAAUUAAAUUAUAGUCAUACGUUGGAUAUAUCUUCGUCGUUAAGUUAUAAAAUCAUAGUUUAUAUAAGUAUUAUCAAAUAGAAAAAUCAACAAAUUGUAUGAAGAUCAACUUAUAAAGUACGUUAAAAAACGUAUGUAAUAGUAUUAUUGUUGCAAUCGUAAAUUGUUAUGCACGAUAUUCAUUGUGUGACAAAAAAUUUGUCUUUGACAUUGUUCCGAAUGUCAUAAAUCGUUCAUGCUCGAGAUAGUGUCACUUUGUUGUAAAUUUAUGCGAAAAUGAGAUUGAAUUUCGAUUUGAAACUAGCGCGAUCAAAUGUACAUUGUAUUAUCUUAAUUCUCAUACAAGUUAGACUUUUUAUAGUGUUUUACGUUUAUUUUGAUGUAGAAUAAACGCUGACGUAUGAAUUGUGAUACUAGCAAUGUUACUUGGGACCCUUUUCGUUUGUUCAAUGACAUACAAAUAUUUUAUACUGUAAAAAUAUUCAUUGAAAGUUAGUGCGAAGAUAAAAAUAAUUUUUAAUUUUAGUACUUAAAGAAUUUUUGAGUUUAAGAAAAAUGAUCUCUGAGCACACGUGGAUUUUUAUUAUGCGUUGAUAGACUUUCAUGUUACAACUGACUAUUGUAUUAUUUUGUGUAUCAUUCAUGUGCUACAUCAGUGUACAAAUUAUGUACAAUUAUUUUUAGUGAUCCAGUAUUUUGUUUUAAAAAUACUACAAUUUCAUCACCCAUACUUCCCUCUGGAUGUGUCGAUAAUAAACUUUUAUAUAAAAUAA